UACAAAUAAGGCAAAUUCUGUACUCGAAAGUAGCCGUUACAUAAUACAUCCAACACCGUACGUUUUUCAAGAUUUCAAAUGCUAAAACCCCACUCAAAAAAUACCAGUUUUGCAUCAGUGAAACCCAAUUUUUUUUGAAGAACCUUCAUCUGAAAAACCCUAAUCAUUUCCUCAUAAUCUAACCAUGGAAAACCAGAAAGAAUUGCACAUCCCAGUAUUUUCUGUUUGGAAGAACAACACCAUUCUCAAGAACAUUUUUCUCAUUAAUUCACCUCCUUCAAUCCCUAAUGAAACCCAGAAAGAAAAGAGUGAAAUUUGUAAAACCCAGCAAGAUUUUGAAGAAACAUUAGUAGUUGGUCGACAUCCAGAUUGUCAUAUUCGGGUAGAACAUCCUAGUAUUAGUCGUUUUCAUCUUCGAAUUCAUUCAAAACCCACUUCUAAGCAUCUCUCUGUCACUGAUUUGUCCUCUGUGCAUGGAACUUGGGUUUCUGGAAAAAAGAUAAAAGCAAAUGUUAGAACAAGAAUGAAUGAGGAUGAUACUUUGAGAAUUGGAGGAUCUAGUAGGGUUUACAAGUUGCACUGGAUUCCUUUGAGUCAAGCUUAUGAUGUUUCCAACCCGUUUGUGCCCCCCUUGGACUUAGCGGCAGCACAAGAAGAUAAGGAAGAAGAGAUCAUCAUUGAUGAGAGUCCACUAGAAUUGCAAAACAAGGAGGUUCAAGCUGUUGAUUCAACUUCAAAGGACAUAGAAUUCAGUGUUGUGUGUGAUAAAGAUGAAUUGGCAAAAGUGCAAGUUCCUCAUCAAACAGAAGAAAAUCUUAUCGCGCUGGAUGAAUUAGCCCAAGUGGCACAGGAAGAGAUGCCACCUGAUCCUCCUACGCGAAAAGUGAAUUUCGAAAAUGUUAAUGAAAGUUUGCAGUCUCAGGAUUCUAUGCUGGAAGGUCUGGUGCCUUUAUUUCUAGGUGAGAACUGGGAAUGGAUUGGACAAGAUGGGAAUUAUAUUGCAUGUCCUACCGAAGAAGGUUAUCCCGCGGAAGUUAAGCAUGAAUACAGGGAUUAUACUGGUUCUGUUUUAGAGGGUUUGGAUUCUUCAUUUCUGGAUGAGAAUUCCGAACUGCUUAUUCACGAUGUGAUCCCAUUGGUGCCUUCAGUAAUAGAAGAUUUAGCAGUCCAUAUGGCAACAGACUUGCAAAAUGCUAUUGCCGGAGAAAGAGGAGGAGGGGUUGUGUCUGGAAUGAUUCAAAAUGAUGGUGGACGACAUGUUGAUACCGUUUUGGAGGGUUUGGAUACUUUGUUCCUGGAUGAGAACCUUGAAGUUCUUGUUCAGAAAGGUACCCCAUUAGCGCCUUCAAUGAUUGAAGACAUGCCGGUUCAGAUGGAAACAAACUUGAAUACCACUACAAUCGAAGCAAGUAUUCCAUUGGUGCCUUCAGUGGUAGAAGACUUAGCAGUUCAUACGGCAACGGACUUACAUAAUGCUAUGGUCGGAGAAAGAGAAUGUGGGGUUGUGUCUGGAAUGAUUCAAAACGAUGGUGGACGACAUGUUGAUACCUUGAGUUUGGAUAUUUUGUUCCCGGAUGAGAACCAUGAACUGCUUGUUCAGAAAGGUACUCCAUUAGCAACUUCAAUGAUUGAAGACAUGCCGGUUAAGAUGGAACCAAACUUUAAUACCACUACAAUCGAAGAAAUACAAAGCGGAAUUGAGUCUGAAACAAUUCCAAAUGAAAAUCAGAUCCCACAGGAAAAAAAGGAUAUUCAGGAUGAUGUGUGGAAUUUCUGGUGUGGAUCACUUAUUCCCCCAGCAUCCCUCACCACUGAAAGGGUUGUUCUUAGCAACGAGAAUAUUCAUCUUGAAAACGAACAUCAGUGCCAAGAAAACGAAUCUGACCCAUGUAUACCGUCUGAAAGGAAAGGUUUGGAAAACGUGAACGUUGACCAGGAUUCAUCAAUCAAAGACACGAAUGGGACCAAACUAUGGAGUUUCUGGUCUGGUAAUAUGGGGGUGGAAUCUUCUGUGUGUUCGUCAUUGUCCGAUGCAGAAUUCUUGUCAGAGUCUGAAUACAACAAAUCUUCAAGAUAUAGCGACCAGAGUCCACCCCUCAGCUCAAUCAAGAGUGCAUUCGGGAGUCCUCUGAUAGAAUCUGAUCAAAAGUCCGCAAGUUGCAUAUGGUUGAGAAGAGGAAAACUUCAAAGUGCUCCUCAAAUUUUAACAAGCAGAUCCGCAGGAAAGAAAACAAGGAGUGAGCAAAGGAAGGUCAAGCAUGAACCUCUUUGUAAGGCGCUCUUUCAAGAAACGGAUGCUCAGAAAGACGAGGAGGAAAUUUACACCCCGGAUAAAGAAAAUUUCACUCCGAAUGCUCGUAGGUCGAUGAAAAAGAGGACUAUGUUGAGAGAAUUGAAGAAUUCAAAUGCAGGAAAAUCAUUCUUUUCAAAUGUGAUCGGAAAUUCUAAAGUCGACUAUGAGGACAGCCUUUCUCCCUCAUCCGAUAAAGAGAAUAACUCACCCGGAACUUUCCUACAGCAGGAAACAACGCUCCAUGCUUCUGUAAAUAAGCCCAAGUCAAUUCAGCUGAGAGAGAGAAGAGGGGAAAGAAUGCCUUUUCAGUCCCUUCUCGCGGAUUCACCUCAGAGGAAUACAUCGGAAACUUGCUUUCCUGAUGCAAUUCUGAACAAGGACAAAUGCUCUGGCCAGAAGAUACGAGAAUGGAGAAUGUUGGUGGAUACUACUACAUUACUGAACAAAAAAUCCAGAAAGGCGUUGCAACUUCUCGAAGGUCUUAAAGGAACCCGACUUAUCAUUCCCCGAAUAGUCAUAAAUGAUCUUGCUUGUUUGAAACGACAAACAAGUUUCUUCAGAAGAAAUACAGAGGUGUCAUCCGCAUUAGAUUGGAUUGAAGAUUGCAUGGCUAAAUCACAGUGGUGGAUCCAUGUGCAGAACUCCUCAGAAGAAGCCGGACCAGUUGCACCAACCCCUCCUGCAUCGCCUUGCUCUCAUGUCAGUUCGAGCUCCAUCUUCUCGAACUUUGUAAAUCCACCAGAACUUUUGUCACCCGCUGUGGAAGACCAUGUUAUUGACUACGCUCUUAGCUUAAAGAGUAAAGUUAAUGAAGGACAGCUCGUCCUUCUUAGUUGUGAUGUCGCAUUGAAGAUUAAGGCCAUGGCAGAGGGUGUAAUCUGUGAGACACCCGAAGAUUUCAGAGAAAGCUUGGUGAAUCCGUUUUCUGAGAGAUUUCUGUGGGCUGACAGUUCGCCAAGAGGUCAAACUUGGUCGUGCUCGGAAGAUAUUGUUCUAAGGGAGAAGUUUUAUCCAAGCUCAUUGAAGAUGACACCCAAAGCUAUGGAGAAUGUGAAGGGUCUGAAGCUGAUACUGCUUCAUAACUCGCAGUAUUUCGAACGAAUGACCACGAUUCACUAGGAUGAUUAUGCUUCAAAAUCAAUACGGUGUGUUGGUUUGAGUCUGAUAAUUUCAAAUCAAAUUCAUAGGAUUUUGAACUGAAUUGUGCAUUAUCAUUAGGAUGAUAAUGCAUUCAUGCUGGAACUCCCUGUGACUUAAAUACUGGAAUGAUGUUGAUCUAUGAUCACUUCAAUACAAGCAUACUCUACUAA